GUAUGAUAAAAGAAAAACGUGUUUUUGAAGAAUUGUAUUUCCCUAUGCUAAAUAUAUAUAUUUUUUUAAUUUUUGCGGGAAAUGUAACAUUGGUUGUGAGAAGUUUGCGCUUUGUUUGAAAGUUCAUACCACUUGAAAUGAGUGUAGAAAUGAAGAACUUUUAAUAUUAUUGAGGCAUGCUUGGCGACGUCAAACUAUAUAUAAUGCAUAAAACAGCUGUAAAGAAUUACCAUUAAAAAAAGAGAAAAAGCGGACUCGUAAUGUACAUAUUAAAGUGUUGAUAUAAUUAUAAAAUUAGGAAACAAAUUGGAGCAAAUAAUUGGAUUAUAAAAAUAAAACUCAAAAAAAAAAAUAAAAAUAUAAAACAAUGCCAACGAAAUUUUCUUUGAUCUUCUUGUGUACCGCCCUUCUUCUGAUGGUAAAUACAAUGCCAACUUAUGGUGCAGGUAUCGCGCCGCAUAAACAUGAAAAAUUAAACAGUAAAGAACGUAUAAAAGAUGGUGUCUAUCAGCCAAGAGAUGCAAAUCAUUUUGAUAAUGGGGAGCAUAAAGUUGGCUUCGAUCAUGAAGCUAUCAUAGGUAAUGUUAAAGAAGCUCAAGAAUUUGACACACUCUCACCGGAAGAGUCCAAACGUCGCUUAGCAGUGUUAAUACGUUUAAUGGAUUUAAAUAAUGAUCAAUAUAUCGAUCGCCAUGAACUGAAAGCCUGGAUAUUAAGAUCUUUUAAAAAAUUGGCUGAAGAAGAAUCAGCUGAUCGUUUUGAAGAAAUAGAUCAAGAUAGUAACGGUCAGGUAACUUGGAAGGAGUAUUUAGAAGAUACCUAUGCCAUAGAUGAGGAAGAGUAUGAAAAAGAAGCUCUCAGUGCUGAUGGUUACGAUGGAGAGCAAGAAUUAAUUAGAGAUGAUAAAGAAAUGUUUAACGCGGCCGAUCUAAAUAAAGAUGAUCAACUUAACAUAGAAGAAUAUACGCUCUUUCACAAUCCCGAAGAACAUCCACACAUGCUACCUAUGGUUUUUGAACAAACCAUGCGUCAAAAAGAUACGAAUGCGAAUGGUAAAAUUGACUUUCAAGAGUACGUAGGCGAGGAGGCCGAACAACGCGAUAAAGAAUGGUUAAUUGCUGAAAAGGAACGCUUCGAUAAGGACUACGAUCUAAACAGGGACGGUGUACUGACUGGUAAUGAAGUUUUAUCCUGGGUUGUGCCCAAUAACGAAAUUGUAGCCACUGACGAAGUUGAUCAUUUGUUUGCGGCGACAGAUGAAAAUCAUGAUAAUCGCUUAUCAUAUCAGGAAAUUUUGGACAAUUACGAAACAUUUGUGGGUAGUGAGGUUACCGAUUAUGGUGAUCAUUUACAAAAUAUACACCGUCUGACGGAUGAGUUGUAGUGUGUUUUAAGUUUUUGUUUUCUGUAAAACGUUAAUUUAAGUUAUGAUUAUUAUAUUUGUUAUAAUCAAUGUCAUGAUUUGUUCGUAGGUAGGUUUGUAGGUGAACUUUUAGUUUAAUUGAUUGAUUAUGGUUGAAUUGGCUAACUGCUAUCAGGGAAAAACCAACGGUAGAAAAUAAAAUAAUUUUAUUUGCAUUCAAAAUUACAAAGAAAA